CGCGCCACACCGGCCUCUUCCUUAAUCGGGGAGAGGGUGGCGUCCGUAGGGCGUACAGAUACGAUAGCGAGAUAAGAUACCGCUCGACCUCAUUUUCAUUCCUAAUCCUCAACCCGAUAACGUCCAGGGGAACGGUGCACAUCGAUCACGUUUUAUUGUAUUUUUUCCCCAUCUAUGGUUUUGCGAUAGGCUUCUUUAUCUCUUGUUAAGCGUGCAGAAAUCCGUCAUGGGGUGAGGUGACGUGGGUGCAACGUGCAUUCACCACACUUAUUGAGCACUGUAACUGGGUGAUCCUUAAAAAAAAAAAAAAAGAUAAAAAAAAAAAACAAUUAAGCGGGCAGACAAAGAAAGGAAGAUGAUAACUUGAAUUCAUGACAAUAUUUGGAUCAACAAGGCAAAAUAAGAUUAUUUGUUACGUACACACCUCCGAACGAAAUCUUAAUUGUAAUUAAUGUUAACGAUUAUUUUUUCAUGUUAAAUUUUGUUCUGUAGUAGCGCGCUUUCGCUGCCAACCUCAAAGACACGGUCCAAUACUCACCCUUGAGCCAGCACCACUGAGGGAAGGUUUUGCAGCGAGGGUGUCGGAAGGAGGAGCAGUAUGAAUUCUCCAGUCUGUCAUCCCUUCCCUCCCUGGCCCGCCGCCACCGUGCGCGCGCCACUUGGUUGCUUGGGUAACAUGUGGACGCGAAUAAGCAGAGAGAGACCACCACAAGCUGGAAUCCAGUGUGCGGUGGUGGCGUGAGGGAGUGUGUCUCGUGCCACACUGCCCCUCGUCACAACUCACGCCGCCUUCAUCUUGCAUAUUUGGGACGCUAGUAGGACCAGAAUCCUCAGUAUCGCAUUUUCAUCAUCAGCCGGGUGAAGUCUAACGCCAUGUAACACACUCCAGCAUUUAGUACUACGUGAUUUUCCUCCCAGCCAGAAUUGUCACGACUGCUGACGCUGCACCUUUCAAGAUGUCUGGGCUGAUGGCGUGGUUCUGGAACGAGGAUGUGUGGCUGCCCCCUGGCUUCACGUGGCACUACCUCACCCACUCCACACACUUCAGCUUCCCUGUCUUCAUGGAUGCCUGGACGUAUCCCUUCGCCAUCGCCGCUGUUUUCAUCGCCCUCCGCUACCUUGUACUCAACCCCUUCGUGUUCGUACCCUUAGGACGUUUUCUAGGGAUCAAGGAGGUACGGCCUCGCUCCCCAGCUCACUACGAUGGCCUGGAGACAGUCUUCAGGCGGUACCGCACGCGGCCAUCUCCCCAGGUGCUUGCGGAAGCUGCCACGACUUUGGGAUGGAGUGAGCGUCAGGUGGAGCGGUGGCUGCGUCAGCGGGCAGCUGUCAGCAAGACUUCCCCGCUUACGAAGUUUUGCAAUUUAUUAUGGGAGACGUCCUACUACAUUUCCUACUCGAUACUGGGCGCGGUGGUGCUGUGGGACAAGGAAUGGCUGUGGAACAUCGACCACUGCUUCAUCGGGUUCCCAGAGCACAGCGUGGAUGGAUGGGUGUGGGCUUACUACAUGGUGUCCCUUGGCUUUUACUGGAGCUUGACCAUCACCCACUUCUUCCAGUACCGGCGAAAGGAUUCCACGCAACUGUUCGUGCACCACCUCCUAACCAUCCUUCUCAUCUCCUUCUCGUGGGUUGUGAACUUCGUGCGCAUCGGGACGUUGGUGCUGGUGGUUCAUGAGUGCGGCGACAUUCCAAUGCUGUUGGCUAAGAUUUGCAAACUGUGCAGGAAACAGUUUGCCAUGGAUGUCUUCUUCUUGAUAUUCUUAGUACUAUGGCUGUGUACACGAGUCGGACUCUACCCAUUCUGGAUUAUGAAGACCACGCUUUUCCGCGCCCACGUGAUCCUACAGGUCUGGUACCCUGUCUAUUAUAUCUUCAACGGCCUGCUGCUGGGCUUGCUGCUGAUCCACAUCAUGUGGACCUACCUCAUUCUCAGGAUUGUGGUGCGCAUGCUGUUGUUCAAGGAGAUUUCUGAUGUGCGAUCCUCCUCCGAGGCCUCGAACGAAGACGACGACACCACCAAGAAGGAGGCGUAGAAGCCACAGCACUUUCCACCUCUAUUCUACUUAACAGUUACCUUCCCUUCUCACCGCCCGGUGCCUCUACGGUGAACUGUGGCGCUAGUACCCGCUUGAGAUUUUUGUCCUAAAACUAAGUUGAUGCAAGUGAGUGACUAACAAUCUCAUAUCACAACAGCAUCGAAACUUAGCCUCAUAGAUUAAGCAUAUCAUUGCGUGCACAAUCUUUGAUAAAAAAAAAAAAAGAAAAAAACCGGGAGCCCCUGCGUGGUGGUCAUCGCUACCGGGACUGGAUUGCCAUAGGUGGGUGGUGGCUCGCGGCGCCACCUUCUGGGGCACCCCGUCACCUCACUAGAAUUUAGUUCGGCCAAGCCAUACGGCUUUGUAAUUUAUACAUUCCGCUAUUACUGAUUUGUUUGUUGAUCAAGUGUUCGUCCUUCUGGAGUACAAAGGCUUGCGGCCGCUGUACCGCUUACCAAGCCUCGCUGGUAGUACCACGUUGACGCAGACCUUCUUAGCCUCAUCUCUGCUUGGUACUCCCUCGGCUGAGUAUCACUGCGCUAGCACACAUUCCUGAAAAGCCACACACAUCAGGUUAAGGAUGACACUGCAUCUCACAGCGCCUCCCACUGCUGGGUUGAUUAUCAGAGUAACCAGACAGCUAAUUUCCAAACAGACAGUCCUUUCCUUACUGCACUACGAACCGAUUAGACCUCAUGCUAAAGAUGUCCCAUAUUGGGAAGGGAAGGGGACGAGGCGUGUCUCUGGCUCGUAAUUAAACAUUCGAAGAUGAAAGAUUCGAGUUUAAAGCGUUCAUAUAAAUAUUAAAGUUCCUGUUCAUUGCUGCUAUGUAAAUCACUGAGCUGAACGCCAGGAUAACAAAGCACACUCACUUAAGAGCGACAGCUGAAUCAAGACUAACAAAGAUCGAACGUCUUCCUGGACAGUUUUUGAGAUUCUUACCUCCAUCUUUCCUUCCAUUGUUAUUGUAUCCACUUCCGGUUUUCACUAUCACUUCACUUAAAAAGUGAACAAGUGGUGUGAACAAGGGCACGCUUCCCCUUCCCUUUUGAAGGCCGUGUUCGUUCUAGACAUAAUAUAAGUGGCUUCGAAAGCGGUACUGCUUGCCCGCCGCCCUCCGUCACGGCUCUUGUUUAUAAUCUUUCACUACGAUAGUGUGUGUGUGUGUGUGUGUGUGUGUGUGUGUGUGUGUGUGUGUGUGUGUGUGUGUGUGUGUGUGUGUGUGUGUGUUUUCCAAUCUCGGUCGAUAUCAUUCUCUGUUUGCUUGAAUGUUUUUCUUUCCACCCCCUCCUCUCUCUCUCUCUCUCUCUCUCUCUCUCUCUCUCUCUCUCUCUCUCUCUCUCUCUCUCUCUCUCUCUCUCUCUCUCUCUCUCUCUCUCUCUCUCUCUCUGUGUGUGUGUGUGUGUGUGUGUGUGUGUGUGUGUGUGUGUGUGUGUGUGUGUGUGUGUGUGUGUGUGUGUGUGUGUGUGCGCGCGCGCGUGCGUGUAUAAUUCUUGUUUUUUGCAAUAAAAUAUAAAUCCCCA